CGCAGAAACGUCCCUGUUGCCUCUUCCGACACGACACUUACAAGGGGCUGCAUGUGUUAUUUCGGGGAUUAACAACUGUAAAUGUAAAAACAAUUAACAACUACAGGUCUUAAAACAUGAGCACGCUAUGGAUGGGAAACUUGGAGCCCUACAUGGACGAGAACUUCAUAACCCGAGCCUUCGGCACUAUGGGGGAGUUGGUGGUGAGUGUACGGAUUAUACGCAACAAGAUGACCGGUAGGGGUGCAGCAGGCUACUGCUUCGUGGAGCUGACGGAUGAAGCCACAGCUGAGAGGUGUCUUCGUAAAGUCAAUGGAAAAGCACUGCCAGGAGCCACACCGCCCAGAAGAUUUAAAUUAAACCGGGCCACUUUUGGGAAGCAAGGAGAAAGCAGUCCACUCCAUUCUCUGUUUGUUGGGGAUCUCACACCUGAAGUGGAUGACGGGAUGCUGUACGAGUUCUUCUAUAACCGCUACCCUUCCUGUCGUGGGGGGAAGGUGGUGCUGGAUGGCACGGGGAACUCCAAGGGUUGUGGGUUUGUCCAGUUCCCAGACCAGAGGCUUCAAAAGCUGGCCCUGGAGGAGUGUCAGGGAGCGGUGGGACUUGGGAGCAAGCCCCUACGACUGAGCCUAGCUGCUAACAAAACUAGGCAUAAUCAAUCAGACAACAGGGGGUGGGGGUCACAUGGAGGAGGCUACAGACACAACCAGCAACAAUACAAUCAACAGUCAUAUGGUGGUGGAUGGGGCUCUUGGGGCUACGACCAGAAUGGAGGCAACUAUGGCGGCUACAACUACAACCAGUAUGAUUACACACAAAAUCCUGCACAGGAAAAUGAAGCUGUUGAAGAGGAUGGUCUGGAAGAUCCUAACCCAGAGCUGGAUGUGUUGGAAGCCAACAGGAAGUUUAUGGAACACAGUGAGGAACUGUAUGAUGCCCUUAUCCAGUGCCACUGGCAACCCUUGGAAUCCUCAGAACAAGCAUUUGGAACCACGAGUAGCCUUCCAGAACCUGUUUACUGUUGAGGCAUACAAUGGAAUGGCAAUAUCCUCUUUUGCCAUGUUCUUUGGUCUUUCAUAUUAUAUUCUGUAAAUGUUUGAUCAUGGAAAGGUUAAAGACAUAUCCCCAGUCCUUGGCCAUAACUGCCAUUUGCUUUACAAUACUUUUUUUUUUUUGUUAAUUGACAAAUGUUUUAUUGUAUGUAUCUUUAUAAAAGUCAUGCUGUGCCUAAGAAUAAGCUUCCUGUUUCCAUUUGUUAUGCUUCGCUAAACUGCACAGAAGAAUGUAUUCCAAAUGGGACCCUAUUCUCUAUUUAGUGCAGCACUAUUUUUUAGCUAGGGCCUAAAAGAGCUUAGGUCAAAAGUAUUGCACUAUAUAAGGAAUAGUGAAGGAAUGGUAUAAGGAGUGCCAUUUGGGACAUAAUUUUUCUCAAUUGAGUGAUUGUGUAAUCUGCUAUGUUAAACUGCCUUCUGUCUGUUUCCAUAUGUGCUUGUAAAGAUGGAGUAAACGUGUAUGUAUCAUGUUGCCAGGUAGAGAUGUCUUAUAAAAUGACCCAACCAAAAUUGCAGGAGGAGUAGCCACUAGGCUACCCUGGGGCAGCAGUAACCGAAAGGUUUCAUGUUCAAAUCCCAAAGCUGACAUGGUACAAAUCUGUCGUUCUGCCCCUGAACUGGCAGUUAACCCACUGUUCCUAGGCCGUCAUUGAAAAUAAGAAUUUGUUCUGAACUGACUUGCCUAGUUAAAUAAAGGUCAAAUAAAUUAAA